AUGCAGUUCAAGGCCAUCCUCGUCCUCGCCUCGGUCGCCACCGUCCUGGCCGCGCCCGCCCCCAUCCCCUCGGACGUCGUCGAGGUCUACAACGCUGCCCCCGUCGCCGAGGUGGCUCAGCUCGAUGCCCGCCAGACGGCCAAGGAGGAGAUCACGGCCGCCAUCACCGAGGCGGUCAAGGAUGCCGUGACGGCCCUCGCGGUCAAGGGCGCCAAGAUGGGAGCUCAGUUCGUCAAGGACCUCAAGAACUGGACCAAGGCCCGCGAGGAGUUCACCAAGGCCACCGUCAAGGAGAUGUGGGCCGCCCAGACCGACAAGAAGGCCUUCCCCGCCGCCGUCUGCUACAACAUGGGCUACAAGGCCGAGGGCGCCGCCGGCAAGAUCAAGGUCGACCUCAAGUCCGGCCUCCUCAAGACCGACUACGACUGCUUCUACAUGCCCGGCAACUCCGUCUUCAAGGGCGAGGGCGACGGCGGCUACAUCAACCUGGCCAUCCAGUCCGACAGCGCCCGCUGCAAGUUUGACAGCAAGGCCAAGUCCCUCACCUGCAAAUAA